ACUGAUAAGGCAGGAGGAGAGAGAGACAGACAAAGAGAGAGUGGAAGAAAAAGGAGAGAGAGAAGGAAAGAAACACAUAGAGAGAUACAGAAGCAAAAUCAGCAGAGAAAAAGGAAGGACGUUGACUCAGCAGAGGAACGCGAGAGAAGAGGAAGCUCUGACAGUGUACGAGUUUCUGCUGAGGUUCUCGUUUUGUUGUUUGUCUCUGAACGUGGUGAAAUGUUCUCCAUGGAAGACAGACAGGUGGCCAGGACCAUAGAGCUGAAUGACGGCAGACAAAUGCCAGUUCUGGGUCUGGGGACAUGGAAGUACUUGUCGCAGCCCUCCUCUCUGCCCCGCGCCAAAGUCCAAUGCGCAGUUGAGGCUGCCAUUGCUGCUGGCUACCGCCACAUAGACACCGCCUACUGCUACAACAAUGAAGUGGAUAUUGGCAAGGCUCUGCGCUCCAAGAUGCAGCAGGGCAUCAUCAGGCGCCAGGACAUGUUCAUUGUUAGUAAGCUGUGGGGUACCCACCAUGACUCAGAGGACAUCCCUGUAUGCCUGAACAAGUCCCUGAAUGAUCUCCAGUUGGACUACCUGGAUCUCUACCUUGUGCAUUUCCCUGUUGGCCUGAAGAAAAUGGGUGAUGAGCUUUUCCCGAAAAAGGACGGACAGACACUGACCUCUGACAUAGACUAUGUAGAUGUAUGGAGGGGGAUGGAAGCUCUACAAGUUUCAGGGAAGGUGAAGAGCAUUGGAGUAUCCAACUUUAACAUCCUGCAGCUGGAGAGGCUGCUUGCUCUGUGCAGGGUUCCCCCUGCUGUCAACCAGGUGGAGCUACAUCCAUACCUAGUCCAGACAGACAUGAUAGAGUUCUGCAGGUCCAAGAACAUCGCCCUGACUGCCUACAGCCCCUUUGGCUCACCUGAGCGACCCCCGCAGCUGAUCAGAGGAGACACUGAUCCACAUAAGCUCCUGGAGGACCCAGUCGUUGCAGAUGUAGCCAAAAAGCACAGACGCAGCUCAGCACAGGUAUUGCUGAGGUACCAUGUGCAGCAGGGCAUUGCGGUCAUCCCUAAGAGUGACAAGCCUCAUCACAUUCUUGAAAACACAAAGAUCUUUGACUUCAGUCUGCCUGAAGAGGACAUGAGAGCACUGCGAGGACUGGACCGAGGCUGGAAGGCCUGCACUGAAGAUGAUGUCAAGUCUCAUCCCUACUACCCCUUUGUCUGAGGCUGUCAGGAGAGUGGACUCAGACCAGCUACAUGCAGUCUACCUUCAGUAUCACACUGUUAAUAAUCAGUGCCUUGUUUACCUAAUGAUGAUGAAAUGUGAAGUGAAGACAAAUCAGGGCAUUGAAAAGCUCUUUUCUAUUUUGGUGAAAACUGCAAUGUUUUUUAUGUUUUCCUCUGAUGAAUAAAGUCAUGAAUGUUUCUUUUCACAAUCUGUAGAUUAUUUUUAUUUAGUAAGUUAUUACUAAAGACAAUACUGAGCAUAUCACUUCAUUAAAAAAAGUGUGGUCUCGCCUUAUUUGGAUGGUCCACUUACAGAGUUUAGAGUAUUUUUAACAUUUCACAAAUAUGUUGAACUUUCUAAUAUUCAACAAUGUAAAUAGAAACAUUCAACCAAGGAUUAGUAAACCGUUAGUUAGGUAUGUUACAAAGACUCUGUAAACUCUCUGGAGGAAGCCAGGCACCUCCCAACACCAUCCUAGAAGACUUGAGGCUGUAAUCACUGCCAAAGGUGCUUUAACUAAACCCAGUAAAGUGUCUGAAAACUUA